GUCUAAAAAUGAAUAUUGGGUAGUGCCUUGACGUUAUAAGCACCGAGCAACACUCGACCAAUCAAAAUAGAAGCAAACAUCAGAUGGACCCCACAUACGCUUCAUUUUAUAUAACACGGCCUUUCGUUUAUUGACUCUGCUCUACAUAAUGAAUCUCCUUUUAUAGUCUUCUCAAAUAAUUCAGGAAGAGAAAAAUAGUUUUGUUUUGUUUGGGAGAAGAUAAAUACUUAAAAGGACAAAAAAAAUUUGGUUUAGUUCAAUCAUUCAAGGAUUAAAAGCUCUUUUGGUAUUGGAUUCUGUGUUGCUUGGUCGAGUAAGAAGAUUCUGUCUUUUUCUUUCCUUUUUUUUUUGGGUGUGAGGAGAUUCUAUAAUCCAUUAACUCACUGUCGGCAUUCUUAGACAAUCGCUUCCUGGCUGAAACAAGUUUUGUUUUGGGACAGGAACCGAUGAACAACCCUGUACCCUGCCAAGUGUUUCCUCUGGUCUCUGGUGGCACUUCUUCUGGCUUCUGCAAUGGCACUUACGUUUCAUCACAUGAAAGAAGCUCCUCGCAGACCAGACAAUCCGUGGAAACACAACCCUUGCCGGUGACUAAUCAACCUCAAGAGCAGAGAGAUGUGAGCUGGCCUGAAGACCAGCUUCAAGGGUUCUUUGACUUUCCUCCACAAGCAGAGAGCAGCAGAGCGAAAAGCGAAUGGCCAGACUGGGCCAAUCAGAUGAUCUCUGUCGGUGAUGGUCUGGGACCUAACUGGUCGGAGCUUCUAGGUGAUCCUAAUGUCCUCAACCAAGAUUCAAAGAUACCAACACCUUCUUGUGAUAUAGCUAGGCAAGAGAUAGUAGUCAGUACUCAGCAUCAGGUGGAUCCUUCGAGUGCCAAAAGCCCACAAGCUAGUUCAAUGACAUCUAAGCAACGAAUGCGUUGGACGCCUGAACUCCAUGAAGCAUUUGUUGAUGCUAUCAAUCAGCUAGGCGGUAGUGAACGAGCCACACCUAAGGCUGUAUUGAAGCUCAUCAAUAGCCCAGGGCUGACCAUAUACCAUGUCAAAAGCCAUUUGCAGAAAUACAGAACGGCUAGGUAUAAACCGGAGAUUUCAGUAGAUACAGAAAAACCUCCACUGAAGACUUUGAAGACCAUUGAAGAUAUCAAGUCUCUUGACUUGAAGACGAGCAUUGAGAUCACUGAAGCUCUACGGUUACAAAUGGAAGUUCAGAAAAAACUCCAUGAGCAACUUGAGGUCCAAAGAACGUUACAGUUACAAAUUGAGGAACAAGGUCGGUAUCUCCAGAUGAUGAUUGAGAAACAACAACAGAAGAUGCAAGAGAAGAAAAUAGGCUCUUCUUCUGGCUCAUCAUUAAUGCCAGAAGCUGACACUUCUUCAGCUCCAUCACCAGACCUUUCACAAGUGUCAAUAACUGAGAGACUGCAGAGUGAUUCUGGCACAUUGGAUCAGAGCGGGUAUCCCUCUUUGGCUACUAAGAAACGAGUUAGAGAAGAUUAAAGACAUAUUGUGACUGCAGAAGUUGGAAGUGAUGACACUGACCUAGUGACUUGCGCUUGAAGUUUCUUUUUUUGUAUAGGAGACAUGUUUCUCUUGGAACUAAAGUUAAGUUUUGUAAUUGCAUUUACAAAAACAUGUUCAUUGCU